GUGGUAUUACACAACAGCUGCCGAAACCGACUUCCUCAGAAUUUAAGUUCUGUGUCAACCGCAUCGAUUUUAUUACACGGGUUUGGCACCGUAGGAGAGAUGAGCGCAGAUAUGAAGCCAGUUUUCAUUGUCGUCUUUUUAUUUACAGUGCUGACUGCUUACUACAUUUACACCCCAUUGCCAAGCACGAUUUCAGAGCCAUGGAAACUCAUGCUGCUAGAUGCAGUUUUUCGGGGCUUUCAGCAUUUGGGAAACUUGUUUCACAACUUGGGUCUGAGCCACUACAUCAGGGUGCUCAACUUUUACGUGACGAAGUUUGAGAUGCUGGGCCCCGUGUCCAGCGAAGGGGUUAAAGUGAGUGACGCUACGUUCGACGGGGUCCUGGUCAGAGUUUUCGAGUCUACCGAGGAGCAGGGCCGCGCCCUGAAGCGAAGUGUGAUUUACAUCCAUGGAGGGGGAUGGGCCCUGGCCAGUGCCAAGAUAAGAUCCUAUGACCAUCUGUGUAGGAAAAUGGCAAAAGACUUGAAUGCAGUCAUUGUUUCAAUUGACUACCGUUUGGUCCCAGAUGUGUAUUUCCCUGAGCAGUAUAACGACGCAUACCGUGCCACCAGGUAUUUCCUGCGUCCAGAGGUGCUGGCGAAGUACUCUGUGGACCCAGGCAGGUUAGCAGUGUCUGGAGACAGCGCUGGGGGGAACUUAGCUGCAGCUGUGUCUCAACAGCUUGCUCUGGAUGGCAGCAUCGCUAAUAAGUUGAAGCUCCAGGCUCUUAUUUACCCGGUGCUGCAGGCUCUGGAUUUUAACACUCCCUCCUACCAGCAGAACAGGAACGUGCCCAUCCUCUCCCGCCCGCUCAUGGCCCGCUUCUGGCUGGAGUACCUGAAGGGGGACCCCAGCUUUCUCCAGCCCCUGCUCGUCAACAACCACACGGCGCUGGACCUCGGCCACGCCUCCAGGAGCCGUGCAAAGCUCAACUGGACUUCCCUCCUCCCGUCAGCUUUCAAGAAGAAUUACAAGCCGGUUGUCCAGGCUGUGGGAACACCGAAGGUCAUUCAGGAAGUUCCAGCUCUCCUGGAUGUGAGAGCCGCGCCACUUCUGGCUGAGCAGGAAGUCCUGAGGCUGCUCCCACCAGCGUACAUCCUGACCUGCGAGCAUGAUGUUUUGAGGGACGACGGCAUCAUGUACGCCAGGCGCCUGGAGGAGGCUGGGAUCCCUGUAACCCUUGACCACUAUGAAGAUGGAUUUCAUGGCUGCAUGAUUUUCGCGAUCUGGCCCACCUAUUUUUCAGUCGGCAUUCGGACCAUGAACAGCUACAUCAGUUGGUUGGAUAAAAAUCUUUAGGUCCUCUGAUCCAUGGUUUUGUUUAUGUGGGUUAUGCUUUUAAAAAAUCAUUUAACUACUUAUAUGAUAAAAAGCCCAGAAAAAUGCACUUUCACAUAUUCCAAUGCAAUGCAACAUGCCAAUGCAAGUUUUAUCUAGUUCUGUCUUCCUAAGUCUUUGUAUAACCGUUACAGUCAAUAUUGCUUCAAGUACUUGAAGUCACUGUGUGCCAAUUACAGUGCUGCUUUAUAUGUACAGUGAGUGCAUAGCAUGGAGUUUAAGUAUUCCAUUUUAGUGCAGUACGAUAACAUUUAUAAAGUAUUUUAAUAACAGGCCAGGCAAAGUUCAUUUGGGUUCUGGAACAAUUUAAAAUUGUUUCAUUUUCACCUUAUCAGUGAUAAAAUAUUUAAAUUAAAUAUUACUCUUUUGAUAAUAAUAAUACUGUAUGGGACUUUGUGCUCUAGCAAAGCACAUAACAUCAGAACAUAAGAAAUAACUGGAAUAACAAUGGAUGUAUAAGAUACUUUUUCAAUUAUUUUGAAAUCAUGAUGGUGGAUCAUCAUAUGUUUUUCAAAAUCCUUCAUUAUCUGAAGGAUCAAUGAAGGGUAUUAUUUCAAGUUAGCGAGAGCAAAAAGAAAUUGAAAUAAUCUCUUAAAAAGACCAAAACACUGUUUGAAGAGAGGCAACUCCACUGUUAAGGAAUGCAAAGCAUUUUGGAACUGAUUUUAGUUUUUUUUGUCUCUUGCAGUGGAACGUUUCUUAGAAAUAUCAAAACAUAUGUAUUAUUACUUAGUAACUGCAAAAUACCACCUGUACCUGUAGAUUUUGUUAAAUAUUUCAAAUUAUCGACCAUUUCCCCUCUGAAUAAGAUGUUUUCUCAGAUUUUUAAGGGAACAGAGCAGACACUGGAAAUGCCAAUGCCUGCUUUUUUAUUUUAUAAAGUUAACAUUCUGUUUACAUCAUCUUUUAAAUUAGUUAAGUUAAACAAAAUGUUCUUUUUGUAAUUAUACAGGCAUCAAUCAGGUGUAGGGUGUGCAGGUUUAAAAACAUUGCUCAAUUUAUUGUUAUAUUUAUUGUACAGAAGAUUAUUCAAUUCUGUGGUCAGGUCUUUCAAUUUUGAACCAUCGCCUGUAUAAACUGAAACAGGAGAAUUUGUCUUUAAGGGUCAAAGUUGCAAUGGAUGAGGAUCUUGGAAUGCCAAUGUGAGAAUAUUACUGUUGUUUGGGACCUUUGAAGAGGUUUUUGUACUUUUAUGCACAUAUUUAUAACUUGCAGUGUGUGAGUAAUGGGGCAGUGCUGUUGAAAACGGAGAAAUGUUCAAAACAUUGUAUUGUGCAAUAGGGAGAUGAUAAUAAUAUAUAAGGUCCUGACAUCAGCUAUUGUAAAUUAGACCAUUAUAAACUUUCAACAAACUUAAUAAAGAUCCCUUUUGUGUUUCUUUUA